UUUUAAACCCCCACCCCUGGAGAGAGGGAGAGAACGAGAGAGCGAACCAAUUAAGCAAGCUCUGCUCUUCAGCUCUAGUAGCUCUCCCAACCAUGGAACUCAUUAGCCUGCUCAAAAACUGGAAGGGAGGUGGCGGAACGUUGCCUUCGGCCGCUGGAGCUCCUCCGACCCGUGCCGCCGCCGCCACCAUCGCCGCCUCCGUCCUCCGCUCCUCUGCCGAGUCCGACGACGACGACGAUGGCGACGGCGAGACGGAGGAGGAUGGCUCCUUCAUCGACCUCGAGUUCGCCGUUCCCAUCGAAGAAGAGGUGGCAGGAGAGAAAGACUACAAAGACGACUCCACUUCGGAAUCUGAGUCAGAGGAGGACGCGAAAGAGCUCAAUUUGGCGGUGCGAUCCAAUGAAAGCUAUAAAAGCGGCAGCUUUCGGCCCGAUCGCAGUCUCUCCUUCUUCCCCUCUGACGAUCUCUUCUUCAAGGGGCGAGUUCUUCCUCUGGAGCCCUCUUCCAUGGCCUUGCCCCGCUCCGGCUCCGAGCCCGACUCCAAGCCCCAAAUUGGUGGUUCCCUCCUUCGCUCCGCCACCAAGCUCCGAGUCUUCGCGUUCGGGCUCAAGAAGACGAAAUCCUCGCCGGCGGAGCUAAAUGUUUGUUCUCCGGCACCCACGGAGGCAUCACGGAAGCAGCACCGAAGGAAGCUCUUUAUCAAAUUCAAGGUGGAGGAGGUGCCUAUCGUAUCGCUAUUCACUCGUGAUAACAGCUCCAGGAGCUCCAGCAGCAGUCGAUCGGCGAAAUUCCACGCCGACGACGGCUCGCUGGCCUCGGAGGAGAAGAGAUUCUCCAAGGACGUGGUUCAAAAGUACCUAAACAAGAUCAAGCCGCUCUACGUUAGGGUGUCGAAGCGCUAUGGCGAGAAGCUCCGGUUCUCCGGGCCGCUUGGCUCCGUUGGCGGCCGGAAGGUGUGCUCCACCAAGACUGAUGGAGGAGAGUGGGGAUCGGCGGCGGUAGGCGUUUGCAAGGAUCAUAAGCCGCAAGUUGGAAACUUUCCGGCAGGGCUACGGGUGGUCGCUAGGCGCUUGAGGAAGAGCCGGUCGGCCUCGUCGGUGGUGGCCGCAGUCCGCUCACCGCCGCCUCCACGGCGGCGGGACGACACGCUACUCGAGCAGCAAGACGGGAUUCAGAGCGCCAUCGCGCACUGUAAGCGCUCGUUUCAGGCCGACAAAGGGACUGAGUUGCCGUUGGUCCGGUCGAGGAGCGAUCCGGGGGGCGGGAGAUCGCUCGUAGGCUACGGCAACGGCGUUUGACUCUCCCUUUCCGUUCGAAUUUUUGGUAGAACGGAGGAGGUGGGAAGAAAGGAAGCUGGAAAAAAGAACAGAAAAGAGAAAUUAAAAUAGAAAUGUUCUUUGCCUAGGGUUCUUCUGUGUUUGUCUUUGGAGUAGAAGCGUGGCAAAAGAUCUCUUUUCAGCCCUGUGUGUAGUUGUUGUAUCCUUUUCUCUUUUCUUUUUUUUUUCUUUUUUUCACCUGUUUUGUGCUUUCCAUGAGAAAAGAGCAGGAUAUAAAACUCGUAAUUAGAUCCAUCGUAACCUUGGCAAGUAGCUCUUUUCUUCUUGUCUUUUUCCCUCCUCUCUACCCCGCUCCUUCUCUUUCCCUGUUGCUUUCUAUUUCUCUAUUAGUUUGCCGGAUGAGUCUGCCAUAAAGCUGAAGUGGAGCGAGGGCCGGUCACGUUAUGAUAUGAUGGUGAGAUGGAAGCGGACAAGGUCUUUUCUCUCUCAUUAUCUAAUAAGAAGACAAAGAUCUGAAUGAUUCUUA